GGCCUGUUGUUAAGUUGACGCGGCGCAGUUGCUGUGUUUUCGGGAGCACUGCGCAUGCGCGGCGCUGUGCUGAUGGCGCUGGGUGCAGUAAGCAGGAGGUGAUGUGAGGAGGAGAAUCAGCGGGUAAAGGGUUAAUAAUGUCCGCGGAGAAGAAAAUAACGAAAGAAGACACAUGGAAGGCUGAAGAGUUAAUGAAGCACAUUCAGAGUCUGGAUGGAGAGAACCUGAGGAGAGAACGAACAAAAAGAGAAGAGAUGCACAGAAAACUGCGAAGUGGAGAGUCUCUGGACCGCCGACACCGAGAACCAGAGAGAGAUGAGAGGAGAGAGAGAGAGAAACCGAAAGAGAGAGACAGAGAGGAGGAAAGAAGGAGGAGGGACGAGCGAGAGAGGAGAAAAGAAAGAGAAAGGGAUGGAGAGAGACGAGGCUCUGAGAGGAGAGGGGAAGGAGACGAGAGAGAGAACAGAGACAGAGAGAAAGAAAGACAGAGAGAGAGAUAUAAAGACAGAGAUCGAGAGAGAGAGGGAGAACCGGGUAGGGAGAAAGAGAGAGAAAAACACAGAGAUAGAGAAAGAGACAGAGACAAAGAAAGAUCUAGAGAUAUAGACAGAGAUAGAGAAAGGAGCGAGAGACAUAAAGAUCGAGAAAAGAAAGAAAGAGAGAAAGACAAAGAAAGGAAUAGAGACAGGGACAGAGAUAAGGAGAAAGACAGAUAUAAAGAUAGAGAGAGGGAUGAGAGAUAUAGAGAUAGAGAAAGAGAAAAAGACAGAGAGAAGGAGAAAGAUAGAGAGAGGAGGAGGGCCGAAAAGGAGAGACAAAGAGAAGUGGGGGAAGAAAAGUACAGAGAGAAAGAUAAAGAGCGAGAGAGAGAAAAGAGAGAGCGUCACAGCGAGUACUCCGGACACACAGACAGAGAGGAAAGAAGGGAGAGGAGAAGAAGAGAGAAAGAAUACAGUGAGGCCGGUGAGAGAUACCACAGUGACCCCCGAGAGACAGAACGGGACCGCCGACACCGGGAUGAAGAGAACGGAAGACUGAGAGAUAGAGAAGAGAGAGAUAAACGAAAAGAAAAGAAGCAAGAGGAGUCGAAGAAGGGCAGCAGUGAUCACAGACAUGAUAAAUACGACAGCAGGCUUAGAAAAAGCGACCAGGAGGUAUCUGCUAAGAGGCCGGAGUUAUCCUGGAGAGCUAAAGAUGCUGAAUUAAGUGAUCCAGAGAUUCCAAUGGAGAAUGAAGACAGUAAGGACAAUAACAAGGGAGACGAGGACUACGAGAAUGAAGAGUACGAGGAGGAUUUUGAGGACUAUGAGGAAGACUUUGAGGAGAUGGAAGAGGAAGAGGAAGAUGAAGAGAAAGGAGAAGAAGGAGAAGUGAGGGAUGUAGAGGGAGAAGAAGAUAGACGAAGAGAGCUGAGUCCGAGGAGGAGAAAAGAGAUAGAGGCCAUCCAGAGAGCGAUGCAGCAUGAGAACGAGCUGGUUAGCUCCGCCCACUCCCGACCCUCAACCAGUAAAGCUGAACCCACACAGAAAGUGGUUGCUGACUCGGAGAGCCAUACAAAGAAAGGCCGGACUCACGGCAGAGUCAUCGACUUUACAGCAGCGAGGCAGAGGGAGGUCAGCCAGCAGACUGCUGACAAGCAGAAAAAGCGCAGUGCGGAGCUGUUACGGUUGAUUGAUCUGGAUUAUUCUGUCACCAUGUGUCUCCUGGAUCUGCCCCCGGUCAGCGAGUAUGACAUGUACAUAAAGAGUUUUGGAAUGGCAAACACAAAGCAGGCUUAUGUACAGUGUAAUGAAGACAACACAGACAGGGACACUCAGACCGAGGAGACGGACACUGUGGACAAAUGGACUCAACAUCCACCUGAAUCCAACACUGCAUGUGGAGGCCCCAAGGCUUCACAGGACACCUCUGACGAGUCUGUCGUCAGGAUGAACAUCGAUUCAAAGCGUCUCACUACAUUCCUCCGCUCUGCUGCUCAGGUGAUGGCAGUGCUGCUGGAGGAGAACCGGGCGGAGAACCGUAACUCUGUGAAACAGCUGCACUCCCAAACUGACUCACUGUCCUUCAGCGAGGGCUGCCUUCAUCUAAACACUAAACUACCCUUUCUACAAGGUCGGCAGGUGACGUUGCUGCAUUUCUCUCAGGUGCAGACGCACACACUGCUCUCGGUUCAUGCUUCUGGGUCCAGUGAGGAACAGCUGGAGAGUAAAACUCUGAUCUGUGUGUGGAACGUCUGGGAGCCGUCCGCACCCCAGAGAAUACUCAUCUACGAAGCUGAGGUGCGGUGCUGCUGCUUCAGUCCGGGUAAAGCCACGCUGGUCUUUGCUGGUACGGCUGUGGGUUCGGUGGUUCUGUGGGAUCUUAGAGAACAUUCUGGAGCUCACUCGUCUCUCAGUGCAGACGGGGAGGAGUUUACACUACGAUACCCAACAUUCUCCACGGACGCUGUGCUGGCGGGGGCGGGGCAUUUCUCCUCGGUGGUGUCUGUGGAGCCGGUUGUGGUUAACGUGGAGUCCGGGAUUAGGGGUUCAUUCCUAGAAGACCAAGAAGAGUCUCUGGGGCUGCUGUUCCAGUUGGGAUCACUGGAUGAAAAUGGGCUCCUGAAUCUCUGGGUUGUUACUGAAUUACCCAAAGCUGAUGAUUCUGGAUCCCAGACAGACCUAGGUCUGCGCCCAGGUGGGAAGGUGAAGCUCCUCCACAGCUCCUCUAUACAGACCAGUGACAGGUCUACCCGUCACGAGGUCACGGGGGUCACGCCCCUCCUGAGCCUCCUGCUGAAGUUCCUCCCCUCAGACUCCAACCACUACUUCAUCGGCACCAACAUGGGUGUGGUGAGGCGGGGCACCAGACACGGACUGAGAGCCGUCCCGAAGCUCUACAGACCUGAAGACGGUGAGAGACCUGCAGACAUUACAGCUCUGGACUUCUGCCCAUCUGGAGAACCCUUCUUCCUGGUGGGCUGCAGUGACGGAACGGUCCGGCUCCACUCAGUUCUGCGGGAGGAGCCGGUGUCGGAGUGGUCCACCGGUUCAGGAGAUGUUCCGGUUCUGUCUGUGUUGUGGUCCAGAACCCGGCCAUCUGUCUUCUGUGUUCUGGAUGCUGCUUCUGUCUUGCAUAUCUGGGACCUGGCAGAGAAAGACAUGUGUCCAGUCAUCACUGAGAGCUUUCAGACAGACCGGGUGAACGCUAUGGCAGUGUUUGGGGAGGCAACCAGGCAGAACCGUUACUCAGGCAUGGCUCUGGCGAAGCAGUCGGGCAGGCUGGAGAUCCACUUCCUGAAGCCUCCUCUCACCGUUCCUCAGCCUUCAGACUCAGAGAAACUCCACCUGCUGGCACAGGACAACAUCUAAAAGUCCUGGACAGUCAUCAGUACCUAUCAGACAUGGUCUUAUUGCUGCACAUUUUGCUGAUUUUUCAGCUGGAAUGUUAAAGGGAUGUUAAAUACUCAAUACACAACUUCAAAAAUGGAACGUCCCAUCCAUCUGUACCUACUAUCAGACCUCAAUACAACUCCAAUAAUUUAUAAAACUUUACCAUGAGCACACUGACCAGUGUUCAGAUUCACUCACAAGAUAACACCUCACAACUAUACAGGUGUGGGCAUCCUUAAACCAUGCUCUGGGGGUAACUGUUGCUGUAGUUGCUGUUCUUGUCCAGUGUGAGGCAGUACAGUCUUAAUCAUUUAGUUAAUAGAGCCAAACCUGGCAUUUCAUUUCCAUAUUUUAAAAUAUGGCUCACAUAUUUACAGCAGAUGGAUGGGCUGGAUGCAGGAGGGUUAUAGAGGGUUAUAGAGGGUUAUAGAGGGUUAGUUGUUUGGUUAGUAGAUUGUAAAAAGAAUGUUUUUAUGUGAUUUUUUGCACUUAGAUCAGAUUGUUGAUAGUAACACAUAACUGAAGCUCUGUACCUCAGGGAUAUACUCAGAGUGUGUAUAUAUACACUGUAUAUAACACUACACAGUUCACUACAUAUCACACUGUCUGUUACUGAAUCUGUACAGCUGAAUCUGAUCAGUACACUUAUAUUUACAAUAUAUCUCCAAUAAAAUGUAUUGUUAUUUUUGUAUUAAAGACAGUUGCUAUAUA